CAAAUAUGUCGGCGUAUCAUUGUUGUGUACCACUUUGCACGAAUGAUUCUCGUUAUGACGAGAAGAACCUCUUGUCGUUCCACCGCUUUCCAAGUGACAACGAAUUAAGAAAAGAAUGGAUCCUCAAAAUUCGCCGUGAUAUAGGGCGAAAUUUCCAGAUUACAAAUAAUGCCCUUGUGUGUUCCGCACACUUUGAAGAUGCGGACAUAAAGAAAACACUGGCAGGAAAGAGAAAACUAAUCCUUGGUGCUGUCCCAACAAAAUUUGCUUGGACAAAGACGCCUGCAAAGCGCUUGGGACCACAGCGCAGAUCAGUAGUCAAGAUUGAAAAGGGUGAGGGUGAAAAUGUUAUGGCAUCAACAUCUGCGAGUAAUGAACAUGAUUGUGUACAAAUUCCACUGGCAACAUUUGACCAUGACUAUGUUGUGCAACAAGAAUCCGAUUCUUCAAAACUUGAAUCAGCGCAAGCAGAACUGAAGCGACUUGAGCAGGAGAACAUAGCUCUAAAAGAAGCAAAGUUUGGAUUAGAACGAUUUCACAAUGACGACAACAUGAUUAAUUUCUACACAGGAUUCAAAGAUUACCAAACAUUGACAGCUGUAUUUAGUGCUCUCAAACCAACAGCUAUGACAAUGAUUCGAUGGACUCAGAUGCAGAGACAGGGAGCAGAUUUAGAAAAAGUAAAAAAAAUAACUUUUAGUUUCGAAAGUCAUCAUCUGUCCCUGAUUGACGAGUUCUUUGUCUUCCUCUGUAGAAUUAGACAAGGCUUCCCCGAACAAGAUCUAGCGGUCAGAUUUUGUGUGUCACAAACAUCUAUAAGCAGGAUUUUGAUCACAUGGUCAAACUACCUGUAUGCUAUGCUCGGCAGUUUGCCUCUAUGGCCUUCAAGAACUGUAGUAAAUAGGAACAUGCCAGAGAGUUUUAGACUUACAUACCCAUUUACCCGUGUGAUACUUGACUGCACAGAGAUAAAAGUACAGACCCCUAGCUCAAAGGUUCUGAACUCACAGAUUUACUCAAACUACAAAAGCCACACCACAUUCAAGGGACUUGUUGGUAUUACACCGUGUGGAACUGUUUCGUUUGUUAGUUCUCUAUACACUGGAGGGAUUUCUGACAAAGAUAUCACGGCCAGAUCGGGAAUACUAGAUCUGCUUGAAGAAUAUGACGACGUCAUGGCAGACAAGGGAUUUUUAAUAUCUGACCUACUGCAAGCCAAAAACGCCGGCCUAGUCAUUCCUCCUUUCUUAGGAGCAAAAGGGAAGUUUUCCAGAAUUGAGGUUACUACAACCCAUGAAAUCGCACGUCUGCGAAUUCAUGUCGAGCGGGCAAUCAGAAGGAUAAAGGAGUACCACAUUUUUGACGGAGUAAUUCCCUUGAAUCUGGCACCAUCAAUCAACCAAAUUUGGACCGUGUGUGUUAUUUUGACAAAUUUUCGGGGAGCAUUAUUUUAAAACAUUGCUAGAUAUGUGUUAAAAUGUAAUGUGUUUAAUAUAAUCAUAUCUUAUGAGUUUACAUGCAUUAGCAUUUUUGCAAAUCAAUAAUUAAGAACCCUUAUCUACACUGCACACUAAAGAGUUCUGAUUCUAAGGUAUUUUUCUGCAGUUAGAGUGUACUCUCUGCCCUUGGAAGUAAAUUCUAAAAAAUAGAAAUUUACACAAUAUUACUCAAUUUGUAAUCAAUUCAAGUAUUCUUAACAUUUUAAAAGGCCAUGCUAAAACCCUCGGAAAUGAAAACAAAAAAAUGUCGGAAAUGAUAACAAAAAAAAUGUCGGAAAUGAAAAGUUGAUAAUUGCUCAAAAUUCCGGAAAUGAAAUGCAGCCUAAUUAACAGCAAUAUCUAUUCACUGAUACUGUGUUGUCUUUGAACAUUUUUCCCGGGGGUAAAUACCACGCACCAUACAUUGAAAAUUAGAUAGAUAAGCACCAUAUUAACUCCUUUAUGCAAUUAAUUUUUCUCAAUGUCCAAAAAUGUUUUUGCACUGUGUAGAGAGGGUCCUUAAAUCAAUUAUUCAAAACCUGAUGAAUAUUGAAAACCUGAUCAUGUACAGUUAUGUAUGUAAAAUAUUUUAUAUUUCAAACUGACUCAUACA